AUGAUGAAACGUGUUUCAGAAAGAUUUAUGAAUUCCGAGGUGAUAAUUGAAGAAGAAGUCAAACAGGAGUCUUAUGAAUGUGACACUUAUGAAUGUGAAAUAAAUGAUAAGACAUUUAAUAAUAAAGGCAGUGGAGAGCGUCUCCAUGAAUGCAAGAAAUGCAAUAAGGAAUUCACAGAAUUAGGUCAUCUGAAGAAACACAUGGUGACACACCGGGAAGUACGCUCGCAUGAGUGCAAUGUAUGCAAUAAAACGUUUACAAAUAAGGGUAAUCUGAAAAAUCACUUGCUUAUUCACAGUGGUGUUCGCCCCUAUGAUUGCAGUAUGUGCAAUAAAACAUUCAUAGAAUUAGGUCAAUCUGAAAAGACACAUGCUCGUUCACAGUAG